AUGUCGCUCAGCUGGACCUGGAUGUUUCUCGUCCUCCCCGCUCUUGCAAUCUCGGCCGUAGCACUGCCACAUGAACGUCGAGAGGUCCCAGCCACUGCUGAGCCGAUUAUUACUCCUGCCGAGUGUCCUCACCAUAACCCUGAAGUCCAGGAUGGAACUCUCGUCGCCCAGCUCUGGAGACAGAACUGUGACCUCGUGACAAAGUUUCUCAACAAUGCAUUCACUGCUGCCCAAGCGGCACAAACCUCCAAAGGGACUCUAGAGUCGCUGCAAUACUAUUUCAUACAAGAUUAUUACUAUCUCACCUUGACAGUCCCUCACAAGGCGUAUCUCUUGAAAUCCUUGGAUCCAGACGAAUCUGCCGCUGACCAGACAUCUGCCAUCAACGAAACAGUUCUGGAUAUGACUUCGGACCUAGAAUACGCAAGUCAUUUUCGUCAGGACCUUACAAGUCCUGACCAUCUCAACGUGAGCAGCACUGUCGUCAAAAAUGCGAAGCUCGAGCCCGUUCUACGACAAUAUGUCGAUUGGCUGGGAGAGAAUACAAAACUCGGCUGGUACCUCUUCAGCGUAUCAAGAGUCCCCUGCAUCUAUGGAUGGGCUGAGAUUGCGUAUCAGUUAAAUCAGUCGUCUAGCACAGUGAGAGGGACAAAAUUCUUCGACGAGUGGAUUUAUCCGAACCUUGACUGGAGCUAUGGAGCUAAGCUGUCUGUUGAGUUGCAGGAAGUGCUGAGCGCCAACAACAACACUGAGACAUUUGCCGUUGCCAAUGGGCUCUUCCGCCAGGCCCUGGAAUUUGAGACUGCCUUUUUUGAGAGUGCAGUGGGAAAGGUUCUCGAAGACUGA